UAAAUUGGAUAAUUGAUAAUUUUUAUAAUGUAUAAUGACUAUUAUGUAAUUUAUUAUACAAAAAGAUUGUACGAAAAUUGAAAAAUUUGUAUAAAAAACCUUAAAUAAAUAAAAGUAUCUAUUUUUAAGGUGUAAAUCUUAUAGUUCAAAGAGUAUCGAAUAUACCGAAUACGAAUUUUGUUUACAAAUGGUUGACAUUCAUUUUCGGUAGUGCGUUUUUAAUUAUAAAAAUGUCAAAUCGAAUGGAAUAUAUAAUUUUGCCGUGGGACAUUGAAUUAUAUAUACAACAUCUACAAAUUUCGGAACUUGAAGAUAUUGGAACGAAAGGCUGGUUUGAAUUUCAUAAAAAGUUGAUGUUAUUAAACCAACAAAGCGUAUUAGAAAUUAGCGGCUUGCGAGAAGAAAGCACUAAGGAAUGGUUUGUUUCUUUUAAAAAGAUUCCUAUCCUUAUAUACGAAGCUAUACAAAUUGAUAUAUGGAAGCAUAAAGUAUUUCCACUUUUGAUCGAAAUAAAUGAAGAACCAAAAAAUACUUUUAUGCUUUACACUGUAUUUUAUCACGAAGAUAUUGCUGUUUCAUUAUUAGAAAACGUAUUGUUUCAUUGUGAAAGUGCAGAAACUAUAAAUGAUUCUGCUCUUGACCUUGUCGAUUAUGCUGUUAAAUCUGUAUCUUUACUUCUCGAUAUGCCUGUCAUCGAAAUUUAUGAAAAUGUAAGAGACCCAAACUCGUGUCUUGAGGAAAUAUUUGAGAAAAAGAAAGAAUUUGAAUUUGAUAUUGGCAUACGUUGCAUUUCGAUUCUCCGUUACUUGGCCGAAUACGUAGAUAGUUUGCCACUGUGUGUAUUAUCGCGAUUGUUAGCUACUCAUGAUGUGCCUUAUUUACUUGCUGAACUCAUUGAAAGACAUCCGUGGAAAAAGGAAAGUACAGAAGGUGAAAAUAUGAUAUAUAACAGUGGUUGGAGAAAAGUAAAAUCAGGCGAAGAAGGAAAAAUUUCUAAAAUAGAAGGACAAGUUUGGCUUGGUUUAAGGGAAUUGUUGCUUAAUACAAAAAGUGCACCUUAUUAUGAAAUUACUGAUCAUAGGUUUUCUCAGUUAUUAAAGUUACAGAAAUAUUUACACGAAUGUGUACUGGAUCAAAUUUCACCUUUAAUAGAUCUAAAAAGAUGGUUAAAUUAUUUAAGUAUAUCAUCACCUAAUGGUAAUGCAUUGCGAGCAAUAAAUGUGGAACUUAUACCACAGAUAAAAUCGUCAAUAAUAGAGAAAUAUCAUAAAAAGUGGAAAAAAUUAGCAAAACAUCAAUCAAAAUUUAUAUUCACUACAGACGCUGAUUACAUUAAAAAUGCUGCUCAAAUUUUAAGCGAUGCAUAUGAUUUAGACAAACUUGAUUGCAUUGAUGUUAAAGAAUGCUCUUUAUGUCAUGAAGAAGCAAAAAAACGUUGUUCUAAAUGUAAAGAAGUUUGGUACUGUGGAAGGUAUAGAUUUUUUUCAUAUGUCUAUAAAACAGUACUAUUUUUUACCAAAACAAUAUCGGAUGUAUUAUUCCAGGGAGUGUCAAGUCAAAGAUUGGGUGAAGCAUAAGAGUAUUUGUGACAAGAUAACAAAAAACAUAGAAUGUGAGAAAGACUAAUUUCGAAAUUUUUGUUUGAAAAAAGAAUAUUUGAUUACAUUUUCAGUAUUUCU